CUUCUUUUUUUGGUUUUCUUGCUGCUGUGCUAUCGUCGCAUCCAAUCAACCCCUUCCUUACACAAUGGCAGCCGCUUCGUCCAACAAGUCGCCACUCAAGUACAUGCCUGGCUUUGGCAAUCACUUUGCCACCGAGGCGCUUCCGAACGCGCUCCCCGUCGGCCAGAACUCCCCGCAGGUCUGCCCGUACAACCUCUAUGCCGAGCAGCUCUCUGGCACUGCAUUCACUGCGCCUCGCGUGCACAACCAGCGCAGCUGGCUCUACCGCAUCCGCCCGUCCGUCUGCCACACUCCGUUCGAGGCCGUCGAAGGCUCGGUGCGCAACAACUGGGAUGCCUUGCCCCCAAACCCAAACCAGCUCCGAUGGAAGCCAUUUGAUCUGCCCAGCAACGACGCCAAGGUCGAUUGGGUGAAGGGCCUGCGCACUGUCUGUGGCGCUGGUGAUGAGCGCGCUCGUCAUGGUCUUUCCGUUCACGUCUACGCCAUCAACACGUCCAUGGAUCACACUGCCAUGUACAACUCGGACGGUGACUACUUGAUCGUCCCGCAACUGGGCAAGCUGACCAUCACCACCGAGCUGGGCAUUCUCGAAGUCAACCCGAACGAAAUCUGCGUCAUCCAGCGUGGCAUUCGUUUCUCGGUGGCUGUAGAUGGCCCUUCGCGCGGCUACGUGCUUGAGGUUUUCGGCCAGCACUUCCGCCUUCCCGACCUCGGUCCCAUCGGUGCAAACGGCCUCGCCAAUCCCCGCGACUUUGAGACCCCUGUUGCUUGGUUUGAGGAGCGCGAUGAGCCCUUCACCAUCAUCUCCAAGUACCAAGGUGUUCUGUUUGCCGCCAAGCAGGAUCACACUCCCUUCGAUGUCGUCGCCUGGCAUGGAAACUAUGCGCCCUACAAGUACAACCUGGCGCAUUUCAUGGUCAUCAACUGCACCGCCUUUGACCACGCUGACCCCUCCAUCUUCACCGUGCUCACUUGCCCUUCGAACGAGCCGGGCGUGGCAGUCGCCGACUUUGUCAUCUUCCCCCCUCGCUGGGCUGUGCAAGACCACACCUUCCGCCCUCCAUACUACCACCGCAACUGCAUGAGCGAGUUUAUGGGCUUGAUCACGGGCGUGUACGAGGCCAAGGAGGAGGGCUUCCUUCCUGGCGGCGGCUCGCUGCACUCUAUGAUGACCCCGCACGGCCCCGAUGCGCCCACCUUUGAUGGUGCGAGCAAGGCCAACCUCAAGCCCGUACGUGUGGCCGACGGCACCCAGGCGUUCAUGUUCGAGUCGAGCCUCUCGCUCGCUCUGACCGAGUGGUCUGAAAAGCUCUGCAACAAGCUUGAUCCUCACUACUACGAAUGCUGGCAAGGCCUGAAGAAGAACUUUGACCGCAACUGGAAGCCCGCUGCUUCUCAGUAAACCGAGUUUCAGGAUUUUGUGGAAGCGUGCUUGUAUCUGUGGUGGUUUUCGAGCACGACAUUGAAGUGAUGCACCCCCUCUCGUCGACAAGCCAUUAAAAACCCAUUGUGAUUUGUUGUGAUUCUGAGCCCCCUUGUCUCCCACUCACUUCUCAUUCAUUUUCGAAGCCUUAAGAGAGCCGAAAAACAGCUUGAUUGGAAGAUCACUCGAUCACAGUGUGACGCGCCAGAGUCCGA